AUGGUCUGGGUAUCCAACCGAUCCUCCCAAACUAUCAAGGUCACUAUCACCAACACCACCGGCGGUGAUGGCUCUACCUUCGAUGUCGUCCCCGAGCCUUUGCUCGUCGAGACCUGGGGUCAAAACCACUGGUCCCGCGGUGGAGCGGAGACCGCCACCGUCGUCUUCGAGAAGAGCGGGACUCAGUUCCAGACUGCUCUGAACGCCCUGGACGUGCUCCUCGUCUACAGCGACACGUACAUCGUGCAGUCUUCUACCAAGCAACAAAACAUCUGA